UUUUUUGGACCGUUUCUGCAAGGUUUCCAUCACAACCGUGUCCCACUUCAUCAUAAUUUGCUUCUUUGUUUUCUCAGGUCCAAACUGAAAAAUAGCAGCAUCUUUCUUUUCUUUUCUUCCCAUCCGUGUCAACGCUCGCUUUCAUAUUUUCAAUUUAUUAGCUUUUACAACAGAUUCUUGGCGAAUAGACGGACGCGUGUUUUUUUGGCAUCGAAAAUUAUAACCAUGGUCGACACACCCACGGACACGCCCUGCGAGCAGCAGGCGCUUUCUGCCAUCUUUCCGCCGCAGUUCUUGGAGUUUUUACAGUCAAAUCACAUCAAUCCAAACAUAUACACGAUGCACGAGAAGCUACCGCGAUACGUUCGAAUUCUCCGACUCGAGGUCGAAACUGACGCUGGGUGCAGAGUCUCCAAAGUCCCAGGAGUUCCUGGAUUUCUGGAAAUUUCCGACCAAUCAGUGAGCAUGUCACAAAUCAACGCAAGCGCGCGUGGCGAUAUCGUCGGCAUGGAUGUGAGCUCGGCGAUCGCAGCGCUGGCGCUGUCUGUUAGCCCUGGCGACAAUGUGCUGGAUCUGUGCUGCGCACCGGGUGCCAAACUGCUCUUUUUGGCAGAGCUGCUUGAUGCGAGCGGCGCGUGUGAGUCGAAGCGCGGAUCAGUGACAGGCGUUGAUAUUGCUGCCCAUCGUGUCGCUACAUGCUGCAAACAAAUUGCAAAGCAUGCAGGCCACUCAAGGGGCCAUGUUCGCGUUUUUAUUGAAGACGGCACGGCAUUCAGCAGCCUGGCUCCCCGCGACCGGUGGUGGGACCCCAAAGCAGUCGCGGCGGCAGCAGCAGUUAUUGCUAACGCUGACGGAGAGGCGGAGAAUUCGGGGCGCAAGCCCAAAAGCAGGCGGAAGAAGGUUGUGGAGCCAGGAAAGCCGUGGUUUGCAUCAAGGCCGCUAUCAAACUGGUACUCCAACAGUGGCACUGAGCUCUACGACCGCGUUUUGGUGGAUGCCGAGUGCACACACGACGGAUCGCUGUCGCAUGUGAAAAAAUACGAGCGCUGGGGACUGGAGAAGCUCGAGACACAAGUGAUCGGUGAUAAUCGGCCAAUCUCAGUGCCAGUCCUGCAGUCAAAGCUGCUGGAAAAUGGUUGGCGUUUGCUCAAAGUCGGUGGCACGCUGGUGUACAGCACGUGCAGCUUGUCAAGAUACCAGAACGAAUACGUUGUGGCCGGGUUUUUGAGCAGACACGGAGAGGACGAGGCCCGCGUCGAGAAGAUCGAUGUGCUUGAUGACAUUCAAUGCAAGGACAACAUACCUGCCGAUGAUGGCAGCGUGGCAGGAGGGAUCGUUGCUUCGCCAAUAUGGAUGCCACAGACCGACGUCGAGUGGAGCGAGCAAGGGCUGGGUGACAAGCGCUCACUGUUUGAGCGGAUGCAUAAUGCAGCGAGGCUUGAUCCUAUGAUGUCAAACACCUCGGGCAUGUUCAUCGCGCGCAUGCACAAGCUCAAGCACAGCCCGCAACAGCCUUCGGAGGAUGAGAUCAUCCCUUUGGUUGCCUUGCCUUUGUCCGCCCGAGUUCACGCCCAUGCUCACAACUGAGUGCGCAAUAUUUUAUAUCAAAAUUAUAUUUACUAUA